AAUAUAAAAUAAUCAUUAUGGACAAUUAGAAAUCCAGUGCACAUGUGUUAAAACACCAUUUUUUACUGCAUUGUCCUGACAGUUAACACUGUAUCACCAGAAAUAAAAUUAUUUGUGAAUACUGUUGGAAAACACACUAAUAUGGCAAACUAUACUCAAAUUUUGGAAACUCAACAUGCACUUGAAGUCACAUUAGAGAAGAAAUUAUGUGAGUUUGAAAAAAAGUACAUGCAGUCAAACACAACAUCGGGAAGCUCCAUAUCAAGUCUUCCUGAAGAGUUCCAGGAUUUUAAAACAGAAGUAUCCACUGUCCUUAAUCUUCUCCGGCAACAAAUAUCAGCCCUAGUUGGUGUCAUGGACACAAUUGAAAUGCGACACCGAAGGAAGUAUCUUCUUAUUGGUGGUAUCACAGAAGAUAUUAAGGCAGAUGAAUUGGUCACCUUCACAUCAGAGCUUAUACAGGAUAAGUUACAUUUGCCUGAAGUAACAGCUGAUAAGAUUGCUGUGUGCCAUCGUUUGGGUAAACUGAAUACAGAAAAAUCACGUCCUAUUCUAAUUCGGUUCACUGACUUUUCAAUUAAGGCUAAGGUAUGGAAACAGAAGACCAAUUUCAAAGGAACGUCUCAUACUGUGUCCGAAUUCCUCACACGUCGAAAGCAGUCUCUAUUUCUACAGGCACGCAAACACUUCGGGAUGAGAAAGUGCUGGACCAUGGAUGGAAAUAUAUUAGUACUGAUGCCCGACGGUUCCAGACGGCGACUUCACAAUGAGGAGGAUCUGUCCAAGGCCAUUGAUUCCACAAAGAUAGAUCAUCCGACUGAGAUCGAGCCUUCUAUUGUUGCCUCUCCAGAGACACGGAAUAAGAAGUCCAGACGUGUCGCUAAAAAGAAGUGAUUCAUUUUGUAUAUUGUGUUUGUUAAACUCAUAUAGUUUAUUUAGUCAGCCGGUAACCAAUUCUCUGUAUAACACUUUUAAUGUGCGGGUGGUGAGUUAAUAU